GGCAACUCUGUGUCGUCAAUAAUUGACAGACCAUUUUGUAGAAUUGUGUGUGAUUUUUCUGUGGACGACGCCAAAUAGUAUCGUGGAAUUGAAAAUAAAUAAACUGUAUAUGUUAAUAUUUUUUAAGACAUAAUGUCUCUACCAAGCAAUUACAAACAAAUUGCGGUUGGUGCGCCAACAGGACCGCCAACUCCAGCACCUAGCAGCGGCUCUGGUAGUAGCCGCUCGCGUUCUUCCGGAGCUGGUGGAGGUUCAGACCGAAAUAAAGAUACCACACCAAUUUUCACUCAUAGUAACUAUGGUAAUCCCGCUUUUACUCCUCAGAAGGCAGGCAAAUCAUCAAGCUCAAAAAAUCAGUCCGAGUCACGGACACCUAAACCUCCAAAGCCUCCAGAGAAGCCGGUACUGCCAUACAUGAGAUAUUCCAAACGAAUUUGGGAUAGUGUUAAGGCGCAGUAUCCAGACCUAAAAUUAUGGGAGUUGGGAAAGAAGAUCGGUGCAAUGUGGAAGCAGCUAACAGAAUCCGAAAAGCAGGAAUUCAUUGAUGAGUAUGAGGCCGACAAAGCUGAGUAUGAAAAAGCAUUGAAAACGUACCACAAUUCACCGGCAUACCUAACAUUUCUCGCUGCUAAGAGCAAAGUAAAAACCGAUUCCGAUGUCCAUGAGACACCUUCACGAUCCAGUGGUAAAAGUCAGCAAGAAAGGCGGAUUGAUAUACAACCUGCAGAAGACGAAGACGACCCGGAUGAAGGAUAUUCAUUCAAACAUGUAGCAUAUGCGCGCUAUUUGAGAAAUCACCGGCUCAUCAAUGAGAUAUUUUCGGACGCUGUAGUACCGGAUGUGCGUUCUGUAGUAACUACCCAACGUAUGCAGGUAUUGAAACGUCAAGUAAGCUCACUAACUAUGCAUCAGACUAAGCUUGAAGCUGAACUACAACAAAUGGAAGAAAAGUUCGAGGCCAAAAAACAACGUAUGGUUGAAUCUAGUGAGGCUUUCCAAGAAGAAUUAAAGCGACACUGCAAACCUGCGGUAGAUGAUGAUACAUUCCAGAAAAUGGUUGUUAAAAUAUAUGAAGAAAUUAAGCGAGAACGUCAACGCGUAGAUGAGCACCCCCAAGCUGCUAUUUCUACUGCGACUGUACCACAAGUAGUGAGUACUCCCAAUGAAGAGAAAAUCGUUUCUGCAACCGUGCAGCCUAACACUGGUGUUAUGCCAGCUUCAGGUAAGAUUUGUGAUUGGAAAAAAGAUUCGAAUAUUGCAAUUCCAAGCACACAACCACUACAAGCUCCAAGAGAUGGGAAUGAAUGCGGCAGUAAAACAGAACCGGAGCCAAUGGACAUUGAACCAACCCCAAAACCAUCAGCACCGUUACCCUGUAGGCCAGAGCUUCAAAAAUCUGCUGGUAAAACAGGAGUUGAAUCAAUAAAAGAUGGUAACAACAAAUCACCAACGUCAUCGAAUAUAAAAUCUGGACAACCUGUUAAAGUACCAACUCCAACACCAACUCCACCUCCACAAUCGGGUCCCAUAGAAAACACUACUACUACAAAUCAUCCCCUACCAUCUGCAACUUCAACAAAUCCACCAUCUCAGAUUAGUGUGCCACCAGCUCAAACACCACCACCACAAGCUGUAAACCAACCGAAUCAGCAACCACCGCAACCACAAACUACACAGCAACCGCCGCCAACCCAACCAGUUCCAUCAACGAUGCCAAUGCAUCCACAUCAUCCUCCUCCUCCAACACAUACACACUUACCACCUCAUUUACCGCCACAUCAAUCCAUGUCAGCUAUGCCUCCUCAUGGCGGUUAUGGCAAUUACGGCGCCCCAACUGGACCUACUCGAUCCCCGUAUUAUCAACCGCAAUACGGAGCGCAUCCUGCUCAGCCCUACGGUCAAUAUGCUCCUUAUCCACACUACCAACAACCUUACGGUCCACCCCCAGGCUCACAUUAUAUGAAUCCUCGACCACCACCACAACACAACGGUUCGCCUGUACAUUAUCCCGAGCAUGGUGGACCUGUGUCAGCACAACCUCAGCCACAUGAUGUUUAUGGUCAACAACCACCCCAUAACCCUGUUUUACCACAACAACAACCAGUAACUGGUACAGUCCCACCUUUAGCUGCUGCAGGAUCAGGCGGCACCGGUGGCCCAACGCCUGCUUCUGGUACCACGGUAUCUGAGAUUGGCAAAAGUGAGAUUGAAAAGAAAGAUUCUGGCGCUGAGUAA